AGCCGCGGAUCCCUCCGCGGGGAGUCACGUGCCCCGCCCCUUUGGGGGCGUCGAAAACUCAAAACAAAAACACGGGAUCAGCUCUGGCCUCCGCGGUGGAGGCAGCGGUGCCCGCCGGAGACUGGGCUCGGGGGGUCGGCGCUGCGCCCCAGCUGGAGGGUGGGCGCCCGCGGAGCAGGAUGAAGCGCGGGCUGUGAGGCGGCGGCGGCGGCAGGGGCUGGGGGAAGGGUCCGAUGCGGGUCCGGGGGCAGCGCUGAGGCGGCGGGUCCCCGGCCUCCGGAGACAGGUUCGGACGCCCCCGCCGCAGCCCGCGGUCGCCGGUGGUCGCCGGACCGCGACGUUGCGGGCUGGUGGAGGCGCGGCUCCGGCGCGAUGAAGGACCUGGGGGCAGAGUACUCGGCGGGUCGAGAAGGGGUGCAGCUCUUCGGAUUGCUGAGCCUCUAUCUGGAGCAGGAGCAGAGAUUCCAACCUCGGGAGAAAGGGCUGAGCUUGAUCGAGGCUACCCCGGAGGAUGAUAACACUUUGUGUCCAAGAUUGAGAAAUGCCAAAGUAGAAGAUUUAAGGAGUUUAACCAACUUUUUUGGAUCUUGCACUGAAACUUUUGUCCUGGCUGUCAAUAUUUUAGAUAGAUUCUUGGCUCUUAUGAAGGUGAAACCUAAGCAUUUAUCUUGCAUUGGAGUCUGUUGUUUUUUGCUGGCUGCUAGGAUAAUUGAAGAAGAAUGCAAUGUUCCGUCCACUCACGAUGUAAUCCGGAUUAGUCAGUGUAAAUGUACUGCUUCUGACAUCAAACGGAUGGAAAAAAUAAUUUCAGAAAAAUUGCACUAUGAAUUGGAAGCAACUACUGCCUUAAACUUUUUGCACUUGUACCAUACUAUUGUCCUGUGUCAUACAUCAGAAAGGAAAGAAAUCCUGAGUCUGGAUAAACUGGAAGCUCAUCUGAAAGCUUGCCACUGCCGACUCACCUUCUCAAAAGCAAAACCAUCUGUGUUAGCUUUGUGCCUUCUCAAUUUGGAAGUAGAAACGUUGAAGUCCAUCGAAUUACUGGAAAUUCUUCUCGUUGUUAAAAAACAUUCUAAGGUUAAUGACGCCGAGUUCAUUUAUUGGAGGGAGUUAGUUUCUAAAUGCCUCGCCGAAUAUUCUUCUCCUGAGUGUUGCAAACCAGACCUAAAGAAACUGGUUUGGAUCGUUUCGAGGCGCACAGCCCAGAACCUCCACAACAGCUACUAUAGUGUCCCUGAACUGCCAACGAUACCUGAGGGGGGGUGUUUUGAUGAAAGUGAAAGUGAGGAUUCCAGUGAAGAUAUGAGCUGUGAAGACAGUCUGAGCAGCUCUCCUUCCAGUGAUCAAGAGUGCACUUUCUUUUUCAACUUCAAAGUGGCACAGACACUGUGCUUUCCGUCUUAGAAACCCAGUUGUUCUGUGUGAGAAUUUAGUGUGUGUGUGCAGAUUUCAAAGCAAUAAAUGGGGGAGUAGGUAGUUUUCUGGUCCGUCCCCCUUCUAGACAGGAAUCGCUUAGACUGGGAUACCUACCUUCUAUUUAUUAUUCAGAUCAGAUCUGGCCUAUUUUCAUAUUUAAUCCUAAGCCAUCAAAUGGGUUAGUGCCUCUUAAACGAUUAACAGUGUUUUACACAUUGGCACUUUAUUUUUCUCAUCGAUCUUUAGCUGUUUAGGGGAGGAGGGAAGGUGCUGAUACCUUCAAUUUGUUACUUUUCAAGAAGAUUUAUCUUAAAACUUUUAAUAAAGCCUUCAUCUGUCCUUAUUUAAACAGAUUGGGAGUGUACGAGUACUUCCUUCGCAGGGACUGUGGAUGACCCCUGAAUGGUUUAUCAUAGAUCUCCCCUACUCUCCGGUCUCCGAACAGAGAAUAUACUCUCCGGUGUCAUACACAUUUUGUUGUUUUGUUACUCUUUAAAUGAUCACUUACUCGCUUAUGCAGACUCUAUAAACUUAGGAAUUAGAAUACUGACAUUUCUGUGAAUUUUAGUAUGUAAUGUGCUAAUUGAAGUUUCUGCUGAAGCAGAAGUACUUGACAGGCUACGGUUGUUAGAUAGUUGCAUUUUUAAUGCCUAAGUAUUGUCAGACUGUAGUAUUAUUUUAAUGUUAUUAAGACAACCCGUAAUCUGUUAGUUGUGCAUGCGCCUGUAUGAAAGCAGUGUAGGAGUUGAAGAGAACUGGGUAACUGUGGAGUUGAUAAACGUUGAUCUAGUAACAUUUUACUUCUUUUUCUUACAUUCAAAAGUCUGCAUGAUUAUGUUAUUCCUUUGUAAUUCACAUUUCAAAAAUAAUGGUAUGAGUGUAUGGGUGCCGAGACUGAACAUGAAGGUUAAAAAAAAAAAAAGUUAAGUGUUUGUAGUAUUCUAGUUUUAAGCAUAUCUGUGUGGUGAUACAGCCAUAAGAGUAGGGAUUUACAAACUCUGUACACGUGAGAUUUUGUACAGAGAAUUUUUUUAACUUUAUAAAUUGUAUAUGAAAAUGUAAAUCUUAAAAAAUGUACAUAAAAAUACUGUAUUUUUUUACCCUGUGUGUGUGGUAGUCUAGUCUCCUUGCAUGUAAAUAUAAUUUAUUGUGUAUUCUGUAUUAUAAAUCAUACAUUGAUGACUUUUUUAAUGGUAAGUCUUCAUUCAUUGGAUGUUUUCUGAAGUGGGUCUUUUUGAAGUAAUGAUAGAUUACAACUUAAAAUAAAAAUGCUAAUGAAUUCUA